AUGCAGGCGCAUUAUUUUCGCUCAUCGACUAGUCCGAACCAGCCGGGAGGACCGUAUGAGCUUCCCCCCGUGCACGCGGUGACUUCGCCGCCAGCGCCUCUCCUCCAACCUCCCGGCCCACCGGCGGCUUCGCUGCUGUCCGCACCGCCCAGUCGACCCGACAGCGGACUGCGCAUGUCCCAUCUCUUGCAACCCUUGGCGGCACAGCAGAUGCCCACUCCUCAACAGUCGACGGCCACGGCUUCCCUUCCGCCUUACUCGCGUUCAUAUGAGUCCAGUGGCUCGCCCGCGGAGGGUGCAUCAUCCAUCCUCGCGGAUGCGCCAUCGCUCCCCGGACCGGGACCGGGAAUGCUACAGCCGGUGGGUGGUGUGGCGGCUGGUCCGCAUCCGCAUCAUCAGCAAUCGCAGCAGCCUCUCCAGCAGAAGAGAGCGUAUCGGCAGCGAAGAAAGGACCCCAGUUGCGAUGCGUGUCGGGAGCGCAAGGUCAAGUGUGACGCCUCCGAGUCGUCCAGUUGCACAGAAUGCACCAACCGCAAGGUGCGCUGUCAAUUCACCAAGGAAACCAACAGGCGCAUGUCAUCUAUUAAACAAGUCCAAGACCUGGAAAAGCAACUGUUGUCCACCAAGCACCAACUACAGCAACUACGAUCGGGGAUGCUCAGGUCGGACAAUCUGAUGGAUCUCGACAUUGAUGCAACGGGCCAACCGCAACUGAAGCUCCCGGAUAUUGGAUAUCGUCCCCCGCGCCGACCCAAGGCGCCCUUGAUGCAGGAUAUGACCGAAGCACGGGUCAACCUUUGCAAGUAUGGUCGAGGUAUCCUGAAAGUUCCUCCGCCCUAUCGUCAACCGGGACCGAAAUCCUUGUUAACGACGGAUCCCCCGCAACUUCCGCCAAAAGAUGUGGCCAAUCGUCUCUUGGGGCAAUAUUAUUCUUGCUUGCAUUCCGUGCUUCCGGUGAUUCAUUGGCCUACCUUCGUGGCGGAGUAUGAAAAGGUCUACCAAGCAGGAACGCUGCUGGGUGUCCCUCGGGAAUGGGCGGCGGUCUUGUUUGGUGUCUUUGCAUGCGGGUCUCUACACACCUUGGAACCGAAUCGAGAAGAGGAAGGCAAAGAAUUUGUGAAGAUUUGCUGCGGUGUGAUCGAUGUAUGGCAAGAUAACUUCACCCUGGACCAGGCGCGGGCGGCGCUGCUGGCCAGUAUCUUUCUCUACGAGGUCAACUCCCGGUCGGCAAGUUGGGUCUGGAUUGGGUCGGCUGUGAGAGUGGCCCAGGAGAUUGGAUUACACUUGGAGUCUGGACCCUGGUCACCUUUGGAGGGCGAGAUGCGCAAGCGAGUGUGGUGGGGGAUGUACACUUGGGACCGGCUUCUCGCUCUAGAGAUGGGCAAACCAGUACUGAUCAAUGAUCAGGACUGUGAUGUCGACCUCCCAUGCCCUAUCGACGAGCAAUACAUCUCGGAAGGCGGGCCUGUGCCGGAAAGCCCACAAAAGAGUCCGCUCCUCGCAAGCAUCCAUGUGGUCCGAUCGAUCGGACAGCUGUCUCGAACCCUGAAGAGCCCAACCAUCAGCUCGGCCACCUUGGAAACCUUCGAGCGACACUUCAACGCCUGCUUAGGCACAUUUCCCGCGCAGUAUUCGCCACGGUCCGAACAAUACCUCGACCCUCGUUCCCUCGCACCCAUCGUCUAUCUCCAAAAUGCGCGACUCCUUCUCCACCGACACAACAUGUCCCCAUACUGCAGCCCCGAGGCCCGAUCUUCGGCGCUGGAGUUUUGUGUGUCGACCGCCCAGGAUACCGCCCGUCUUCUCUCCCGCUGUAUGCGGCCCCCGCCUACGAGCCCGCGACAUGGACACUCGACGACCAGCGGCGAGGAUUGGCGGCCACUGCUCGCCUCGUCAGCAGGGGCUAUGCUAUGCGUUCAUCUCUGGCGCUGCGUACUGUUGCUCCUCUUCCGCCAGGAAUAUGCCGCCGCACUCGUCUGCGUACAAGCUAGUGCCGUGAUCGGGGACUCCCGCGCGGUGAAUGCCGCCUGUGGACGAUACCUGGCAUUCUUCCUGAAUAUCCUGAUGCGGCGCAGCGAGACCAUGAUGCCUGACCGCGAUGAGGAAUUGAUUGCCUAUGUUUCUGGAGACAUGCAAGGAACGAUCGAGAGCAGCUGGGUCUGGCAGGGAAGUGAAACGGGCUCUCAACUCGAAACGAUGUCCCCUCAGAUCAGCAGUCCCGCCUCGUAUACCCGUCCUGAGACGGAGACUACGGAGAAGUGGAAAGGUUGGGUUUGGGUCGAACAUACUGUGCACUUCCUGGGCGAGAGACAGCAGCAGCAGCAACAACAACAACAGCAACACCAAGAACUACAACCACUUCAUCCGAAGCCGGCGGACUCGGCUUACCUAGGACCUGACGCGACAGCCACCAGCUCUGAUGCAACCACACCCCAAUCAAGCUCAUCCCAUUCGCGCAUGACGAUCGCCAGUAUUAUUUAG